AUGUCCGAUUCAGUCGAUAUGAAUCCGCCAAGACGUUAUUUUUCUAUUCACUAUAUCUUGCUUCGGUUCCUUGGCUUAGGAUGGUGGCAUCAUCCAGAUGAAGAAAAUACCGAAAACUUUCCUGUAUUUUAUCUCUUUUAUGCCAUAAUAACCGAAAUUGUCUGGGUAGCUGGUUUUGUUGGACUAGAAUCCAUCGAUCCGUUUAUUGGUGAAAAAGAUCUGGAUCGUUUCAUGUUCAGUCUAUCCUUUGUCAUUACUCACGAUCUUACUAUUAUAAAACUCUACAUAUUUUUCUUUAAAAAUCGCGAAAUCCAAGACAUAGUUCACACUUUGGAAAUAGAUUUGCAACAAUUCUAUCAAAAUAAUGAUAAAAACCGAAGAACUAUUAAAAUAACAAGAAUAUUGACUGCAACAUUCGUCUUCUUUGGCUGGAUAACUAUCGGGAACGCAAACGUGUAUGGCAUCGUUCAAGAUCUUCGCUGGAAGGCUGAGAUUGCUAAAUUAAAUGACACCGAUAUUAAGCCGUCAAGAACACUUCCUCAACCUAUAUACAUACCGUGGGAAUAUCAAAGCGACACAGCAUAUAUAUCAACUUUUCUUUUAGAAACAAUUGGCUUACUCUGGACGGGGCAUAUUGUUAUGACAAUUGACACGUUUAUUGGGUCCAUAAUACUUCAUAUGAGCUCUCAGUUUGCAAUACUGCAAGAAGCUAUAACCACGGCUUACGAUCGCACAAUCGUUCGUUUAACAAAAGGUAUAAUUAGCCAUAGCGGUGACACACUUAUUACUGUCGAUUCUUGUAAUGAAGAAGACAAGGUCUAUUACGAAAGAAUUGUGCGAACGCAUUAUACGGAAAAAGAAAUUGAGAUCGCUUUAGAAAAUACCUUUAAGAGUUGCGUUCGUCAACAUCAAAUGCUAAUUGGUUGCGUACAGAAUUUCGCGACGACUUAUUCCUACGGCUUUAUGACUCAACUCCUCUCGAGCAUGGCUGCGAUUUGCGUGGUAAUGGUACAAGUUUCGCAAGACGCCUCCAGUCUGAAAUCCAUUCGUUUAGUGACAUCACUAGCCUUCUUUGUGGCCAUGAUCAUACAGCUCGCUUUACAAUGCUUCACUGGAAAUGAACUCACACAUCAAGCCGGUCGAGUGGCAGAAGCAGUAAUGCAGUGUAAAUGGGAACGCAUGCCGCCACGCCUGCGCCGCCUGCUGUUAAUGACCAUGAUGAGAGCUCAGCGACCACUGCACCUCACCGCCGCAGGUUUCACCAAUAUGGACAACGACUGCUUUCUAGCAAUUAUGAAAGCUGCAUAUUCUUAUUACGCCGUUUUGAGCCAAAGACAGUCAUAGACAAAAAG